CAUCGCUCGACUGAGACGCAACAUGAUUGUUGACGCCUCCAAGAACCACUCGAUCGUUGAUAAAUGGGAUGAGGAGGAUUUUGCGUGAUUGUUCUGCUUGUUAACUGGAGUUCUGAAUACUGGUACGGGGAUCUGGGGGAGUUUUUGUCUUAUUGAUAACAUGUAAACUAACUUGCAAGAUGUUAAAUAGAGAUGUUUGUUUUUACCGGAUAAUACAUUGCCAUUUAAAAGAUCAUUUCCUAUCAUGACAUGUAAAUUUUCGAUUGUUAUUUGGCAACUCAAGGGCUAGUUUGUUUGCAUGCGUCCUAGUUUGUUGAUGAGACGCGCUGCUGCCUGCUCACGACAACCAACGACACAAACCUUUCACUUCUUCUCAUUGCUUUUCUCUCUUCUCGUUGCUCCUUCGAUUCCAAUCUUCACCCUAAGAGAAAAUUUCAAGGGCGAAUCUACUCGCCGUUCUCAGCUCUCAUCGUAUAUCAUGGCAACUCCAAGCAGCAAAGCUCCAAACCACAAAAUCAUCGGCACCAAAGACCCAGCCAAAUCCUACACCGACCGCAAAUCCACUCGCGUCGUGGCCCUCAAACCCUCAGGCGAAGUCGCAAUAAUCUACGUCAAAGAGGGAAACUAUUACAAACUCCCCGGCGGCGGCAUCGAGGGAGAAGAGAGUCCCACAGAUGCCGCUCUGCGCGAGGUCAAGGAAGAAACCGGCGCGAUAGUCGUUCUCCGCAGCACCGACUAUUUUGCCACGACUGAAGAGUUUCGCUUCCAGCAGCAUCAGAUUUCUUACUGCUAUUUGGCUGACGUUGUUGAUGAUGCGGGGGAGCCGUGUUUGACGGAAGAGGAGCUUGCUGAUGGGUUUGUUCACCAGUGGAUGACGGUUAACAAGGCUUUGGAUGCCAUGUCUGCGGCCGAGCCAACGACCGAAUUUGGCUCUUUUGUUAAGGAGCGAGAUAUCUUUGUUUUGAAAGAGGCCCUGAGACUUAUUGAAUCGUCGAGUUGAACUAAGAGAUUUCUCAUAUCGAGUUGCAAUAGACAAU